AUGGAGAGCCACUCGAUUCCGCUGGCAUCUAAAGAAACUGAACGACUUACUGAUACCCCUGUCUCUGAAGCACCGUUGGAGGGUGUUAUUGACUCUUUGCCAAAUCGUGAUUUAAGCGCGGGGUGCGACGGUGUGGCAUCUGCCUCCCCGCUGAAGCGGCGCUCUAUGAGCGUGGAGAUGGAGCUGCAACAGAAGCGACGGGCGACACAAAACUCCGGCGCUACAUCGCGCGAGGAGGACCCAACGUCAUUAAACGAUGUAUCACAGGAUGGGCAAAAUGGAAACUCCUGUACCGAUGAUAUAUCAGAUGAUUUCAGCAAUCCACCGCUUCAUUUAAGGCAGGGGCUGACACCAGGUAUCGUCCUUAAUGUCGACGUAGUGGAUACACAAAUUGUGAAUUCCGUUAGUGCACGACCUUUUCAUGGAAGUGCACAAUCGGUAAAUGAACAGCUGGCUCCUGUGGAGCGGCCGACGCUGUGUGUCAAUAGGCAACCUAGAAAUGAUGCAAACACGCCAUUCGUAGCAAGAGACACUUCGAUGUGCGUAGAACAAUCAUCAAUAGGGACUCACAAGUCGGUUUCCACUACACAAAAUACAUCGAGGGAUCCCAGUGAUUGUGAUAACCGUCCGUAUCUAGGCGGAUACACAGUCGGGUUCACCCAUAUUAGCUCCGACAGUGAAGUGGACAUACGUUUAGCGGGAUACAGGAACGAUGCAGAUCGUCAGGAGGCAAAUGACCCCAAUCUCCACCUCUCAAGAGAUGUUGAGAGCGUGGAUAUGACAGAUUCACGUUCCCCGGGUAUAGAACUAUUGGAGUCAUACCCAACCAAUGGUGACUAUGUCGGUUUGAGCCAGAUGGAAAAUCCUGUUUGUAUGAACCAGGUGGAAAACACAGCCAUACUAGACACUAUGCUAGGCCCUACACACAGCGCCGAAGAGUCUAUGUCUAACGUGCUUAAUAGCAGUGUUGAACUGCACGGACAAACCGAUGCGGUGGCCAACUUGGAUGUUAGGCGACUCAGCAACGGAUCGGUUAAUCUUGCUAGCGACUGCGGUGACGUACAACGCCAGAUUAUUGUGGAUGAAACAUUAACGAAUACCAUUCUGAAGGAUCUCAUCUGCUCUAUCUGCUUGGAGUAUUUCUAUUUCCCUGUGACGUUAUCUUGUGGUCACACAUUCUGCAGAUACUGCAUAGGACACUUACGUCUAGCAAACAAAUACUGCCCAUUAUGCCGAAAAGAGGUUGGUAGGCCACCUAGCGUAAAUUUGAUCCUAUGGAACCUAGUAAAGGCACUCAAAAUAAGGAAACGACCAUUCGUGCCUACAGCACCAAGAGAUGUUUUCUUAGAGGAAGAAAAACUAUGGUGGGAAGAACAUUGCCUCAAACCAUUUAUGAGCUUACCACUAUUUCUUCGAAUAAUGUUCGGGGACAUUGUACAGACACCACCUUUCUUCGAUGAUGUAUGUACCUGUGUUGUCGACUACUUCGACCGACAUGCCACAUGGACUAAGGCCAAGUGGGUCAUUACUAUCGAGGACGCACAUGUUUUACGGCGACUCGUGGGAUUUGAUAACCAUGAUGUUGAGGCCACAUCACAUAGGCUCCACGCAUGGGUGGAAAAUUACUUGAGUAGCAAUAGCCACCUAUGUGUAAGCUCGGAUGACCCAUUCCCCUUGGUAUUUAAGGUUUAUAGCGAUAUUAACCACAAGAUUGAAGGCAUAUCGUUCAACGCAAUGAACAUUCACCACCGUCUGCCGUGGGACGCAGGACGCCAUGUCAAAAGCCUCAUGCACUUACCACAUUCCUCAGUGUCUCUAAGCCAUCUGGUAUUCGUACCAUGUGGCCAAGGAGGAGUUGGUUUGUUAGACUGCGGUUCUACAAUAGGUACCAUGGUCAAGUUGCAAGGGCAAAGGACCCUGCAAGAUGGUGACCGCAUUCACGUUGGUGAUAAGCACGAGGUAGAUGUGGCGUUCACGGCCGAGAUACCUGACCCAUCUUUUGAGGAGUUCCGUUGGGAUCCUGUACGUAAGGAAGUUAUAGAAAUAUCUACUACUGAGCCUCCAAGCUGGGAUACCUCAUGCUUGGAGCCUAUCGAGUGCAUGCUAAAGCUUCGUAUUUACUCUGAUACUCAGGAAGAACGUGAGGUGUGGACUAACCCAAAGGGUGUUAUUUUAGGCCGCGGACCGCAGACACAGUCCGCGUUCACGAAGUUGAGCAUAACGACACAAAAUGGUUACAUUUCUCGAGAACACUGCCUGAUUUACUACGACGGUAGUCGUGAACCUGGCGAACGUUGGAUUUUGCGCGAUAUGAGCACGCUUGGAACAUUUUUGAAGCUGAAACCAUUUCAGCCCCCCGUACCCAUAGAGGCCGGUUUUAUAUUUAAAGUUGGCCAAUGUAAGGUAGAGGUAUGCAACGCGAAUGAGGUUGUGAAUCGACGAACACCAAACUCGCCAGCAGCGCUGAUCCUCUCGCAGCUGAUUCACAACCACUUCACGAAUGUCGCAGCCGUAAUGCCGCCGGAGCACGUUGAAGGCGCAAAUGUAGUACAAUCUACCAGUUUACAACCGGAGGUGUAA